UGUGACAGCAACCGGAAGGAAGUGCAGUAUACCGAGACCACGAGCUGUUGUGUUUGAAAAUCAUGCGCUUGGAGCAGACAGGACCUUGCUGCUCUCAUGUACCCAACACCCUUGUACGCUCCGGCCGGCCGCGGCUCUUUCUCAGACGUGUACGAACCCGCCGAAGAUUCGUUCCUCCUGAUGGAUGCUCUGGAGAAAGAUGCUGAUCGGCUGAAGGGUAGCAGGCCAUCCGUGUGUCUGGAGGUGGGCAGUGGGUCUGGUGUCAUCUCGGCCUUCCUUGCAUAUGUGGUCGGGCCUGAAGCAUUGUAUCUCUGCACUGAUGUGAAUCCAGUAGCGGCACACUGCACACUGCAGACCGCUCACUGUAAUGACCUGCAGCUGCAGCCAGUGAUCACUGACCUGGUCCAGUGUUUUUUGCCGAGGUUGAAUGGAAAAGUGGACGUGCUUCUUUUCAAUCCACCAUACGUCAUCACACCAUCAGAAGAGGUAGGCAGUCGCGGGAUUGAGGCAUCAUGGGCUGGCGGGAUCCGUGGCAGAGAGGUGAUGGACCGAUUCUUUCCCAUGAUUCCACAGCUGCUGUCUGAUCAUGGCCUUUUUUAUCUGGUGACUGUGUCAGAGAAUGAUCCAGAAGAGAUUGUGGAUUUGUUGGGGAAAUCAGGACUGAAUGGACACAAGUGUUUGUCACGUCAGGCUGGACGAGAGAGACUUUCUAUACUGCGAUUCAGUAAGUCCUGAAUAGCAGAUGACCAUCAGCACAUGAAGACUGUGAAACACACGUGAUGUCCAGCUGUUUCUCACCCCAAGGGUUUCUGGGUUUACAAGUAUUAUUAUAAAAAUCACGCUGAUGUUUUGAGGUUCGUCCCGCUGCUGAACCAUCAGUAAUUCAGGCUGCGUUUGUUUGCAUGAAGUCUGCGGCAGCUCAACAACUGGGUCACAAGGACCUAGUUAGUGUUUCCUAACGGAUUGACGGGCAUAUUUACAGCACGAGUCCAUCAGCUGAGCCAUUUAUCAUGUUGAUCGUGUCAGAUUCCCGCUGCUUCUGUUUCAUUCCAUCAGUUACACUCUGACUGGCUGUUUUUGAGCAGCGCGUGUUCACUAUGGAGUGUUAAACGCACUGAAAUCCAGUGUCAGAAUACCACUGUCAUUAA